CUCGAGGCUCCGGGCUCCGCAGCUUCUCGAUCCAUCUUGCGGAAAGCAAGUCGCAAUCUGGGGAAAAGGCCAGUUCCUUUCCCUUCACCAUGCGCCCUUCAUGACACUAUGCCUAUUUGUAUCGAGUGCUCAUAUCCCGUAUCGCAUCUCUACACUUCCUAUAGCAAAGCGGACGACCACUCUCUCGGUAAAGGAGUGCGUUUGACACAAUGUCCGCGUUGCGAGAAGUUCGCCGACAAGUAUGUUGAGCAUGACUUUGUCGUGCUCUUCAUUGAUCUUGUUUUGAUCAAACCCCAAGUAUACCGACAUCUUCUGUUCAACCGCUUAGGUCGAGAUGACAACAAGUUCGAUAGAUCAAUCAUUCGACUUGGAAUCCUUCUUCUUCUGUUUGACGUCUAUUUGACGUGGGCGCGAAUCGAAAAGAACUCGUCGCUUGCGUCGACCCGCCUUUCUAACGCUCCGAUUGUCGUACAAUACCUCUUUUUCCUUACGUUGAAUGCGCUUGCGACACUUGUGCAUCAUUUAACAGUCCGUGGUCUGGUGUCUAUAAUAGCUCGGAGACAGUGUCCUCUCCCUACUAGCGCUGGGGUGGGCGAAGCCAGCCCUGCAACUCUUGCACCGAUCAACCAACCGAUGAGUCCAUCCAGGCAGGCUGUCCGUGGACCUUCCGGUUCAGAAGCAGGUUCAGCAAGUAGCGCGGUAGCUACUAGACCGCCGCCUCCGGUUGCUAGUAAUAGCGGAAUCAUCCCCCCUCUUCGUCGUUCAUCUACUGCUCCGACGCAGACGGUUCAACCUCUUCCGCCUCCGUCGCCAGCAAGCCCAAGUGCUAUCAGUACUGCGCUGCUUGUGAGCAGCUGUGCGAAAUUAUUUCCAAUCCUGCUGGUGAUUUGGGGUCCAGAGGGUUCCACUGAGGUUCCCGAGACCGGCAGCGAAGAGACCAACAGUGCCGCCGCCACACUCCUGCAGAGGGGCAUCGAAGCCCUUUCCUCUUCGACUUCGACUGCACUAUUCUCCAGCGCGAACUCGGAGUUCCUGUCAGCAGCGACAGCAACAUCCGCCUCGCAUGCCCCUACCUCGAUCCCUACCGCCGCAUCUUUACUUCCUUCCUUUUCUCUAUCACUCUCGACUGCCACCAGUUCAGCCGCACCGGCAUUCUCUGACCGGAUAGUUUCGGUCUUUAACUCUCUUCUUUCCCUUAUUUCACUCAGCGCAGCAGAUACAUACCUUGUCUUGUUGAACAACAUCGAGGCGCUGUUUAUCCUCUUAGACUGCGGUUAUCCACGAGCGGUGGCACUGGCAGUUGUUGGUCAAGCAGCACGUUGGACAGUAGAAAAGGCACUGUUGACUGCGGUGGGGGUUGGGUAGAUAGUUUCUCGUAUGGAUAGUUGUGUAUCUUAUCUGAUAUCUUUUUUUCUCCUCCCCCAUCAAAGUUUCAUGUAUACAUAGAUUACGAACGAAAAAUGAUACAAGGCCGUUUAGUCACCAAAUAAUAUAGGAAAAUACCAAAGGACAAACAAU